UGAAAGCUGUGCACGCUGCGGAAGCGACAGCAUCGCCCCUCUGCCACACGGAUGUGCAUACAAAAGGCAGUAGAAGCAACAGCAAAAACCAGAACGCCAAAGGAAAAAACAAAAGGUAGCCUUUUAACACAACAAUAACAAAUCCGGAGAGGUGUGAGAAGAGGACGAGGUUAAGCGCUGCCGGCGGCAAAAGUGCGUUUUGAAUUUUUUGAAGCAAAGUAGUAGAAGGAAGCUCGAAAGAAAUAGCAGCGUAUCAAGUUCAAGACCGGCCUACAGUGCCGUUUCGUUUCGUGUCGUACAUCGUUGUAUAUCCUUGAGAACGCAUCUGUGCGCGUGAAUUUCGCUCUGUGUGUGUGACAGUGCAAGAAAGCCACAAGGCGGAAAAUUUGCCAACGCCUCCAUGUGAGCAGGCAGCUGGCCGUCGACUUUGUGUAUACGUAUGUGCGUGUGUGUGCGCGGCCUGUCCUGCUCCAGUGCUCCACUGCUCGACACAUUGUCAGCGCAACUCUGUGAUGCAGCUGUAAAGUCAGCAGUGACAAAAAGUGAAAGCGGAAACGGAAACAGAAGCGCCAGAGAACCGAGUGGUACGGGCAAAAGCAAACGCAGAGGUGGAGGCAACUGCAACGGCAGCGGUAGCGGUAGCGGCAACGUUAACUGCGACAACUGUGAAAUGUGCGGCUGCAUUGUUGUUUUGUUAGUACUUUGACCCAAAUCGUAUUGCAUAGCAUCGCAUCGCAUUGCACUGAACUGUACUGCUUAGGAUAGCAUAGUAUAACAAAGCAUUCACUGCCAGGUGUGUCGGUGUGUCGGAUUUGAGAGCGGACCUGCAUGCAUGACCGAUAAGCUCAGUUGUCACCAGCAAAAGAAAGUCGCGAGUGGCAGGUCAGCGUCGCCCGAUAAUCAGACUGCUUUUUGAGAGAACCAUCCACAGCUUGCCGCCUCUCACAUAUACCAUCAUCGUAGCGCUGAUAAUGGUCUGGGUGCUACCACAAAACUCUACAAAGGACUCUCAGAAAAAGUGCUGGUGCUCUCAAAGGACAUUACAUUAGAAACGAUUCAUCAUCGCCCCUACCAUUGUUGUUGCCAAAACAAAGCAAGAAAGCAACACGAAGCACGCACUACAGCAAAUUGAAUGUAAUUUCAGAAAAAGCGAGUGUUAAUUUUUUGCCGGCUACACAGUAGAAGACACUAUAGAUACACCCACUGCCACGGCUACAGCUACGGGUACAGAUACAGAUACUGAGGCAGCUAAACACAGACACAAAUGUAUGUAGCUUAAUGUGCUAACGCGCUGUGACAUGAAAAAUGAUGGAGAGCAUGCAAGUUGUGCCUCCACGCAGCUCCUAGAGAAGAAAGGGAGAAAGAAACGAACAACAAGCUGCAAAUUGGCGACGUGUUGCAAGUGGGGUAAGGACGUAUUGUUGCACGCAGGACAACAGGCGGCAUCAGACAACAUACAACAGACAGCAGACAACAGACAUCGCAUUGACAGGAGACAACAAAAAAGGCAACGCUGCGCAUUGGAAGAGCAUCAUUUAUCAGAGGCAUCUGAGGCAGCUGAGAGCAGUCAGCAUCAGCCAGGCAUAUGUGCGCCGGAGAUGCUGGCAUUGUGCAGUAGCCGGAGCCGGAGCUGAAAGGAUUCUGCGCGUUCAUUCAAAAAGCCAUUAACCCUAAUAAUCAGCCACAAGGACCAGCCGCACAACACUCGCCCGAACCGCCGCCUGUCGAUGUGCCUGCCCCAACGUCUAAGAUCUAGGCAGUAGGCAAUAGGCAAUACGCAAAGAAGAGUUUUCUGAACAGAACAGUGACUGGACAGGAUCGGAACACUAGGGAAGCUGCCACUAAUGUUGCCCCCACGGCUGCCGGUCCGUCUGCGGCGGCCCAUCCAUCUGAUGGAACUGAGUAUCCUUCUGCUCUGCGUGCCGACGCUGCUGCUGGCCACAACACUCGAGCCAGAUCAGAAGUCAAUACUCACAGAUAACGACUGGAAGAAACUAUGGAUGCGCGGCGGUAUAAAUGCCGAUUCCAAAUUGGACAAUAAUCUCGACUCGAGCGACAGUCCAAUGUUUGAGGAUAGCGAGCUGAUGGCGCACAACACAACCGUCCAGCUGGGUGGCACCGCCUUUCUGGUCUGCAAGGUCUCCGGCGUGGAUAGAGUGGGUGUAAAUUGGAACCAAAUUUCUUGGAUACGUCGCCGGGACUGGCACAUCCUCUCAUCGGGGGCCCAGCUCUACACUAACGACGAGCGCUUUGCGAUACUCCACACGCCCGGUUCCAACAUGUGGACUCUGCAAAUAAAGUUUGUACAGCGGCGGGAUCACGGCAUGUACGAGUGUCAGGUCUCGACACCGACUGGCAUCAUUUCGCACUUUGUGAAUCUUCAAGUGGUUGUGCCGGAGGCCUUCAUACUCGGCUCUGGCGAGCUGCAUGUGGACAUGGGCUCCACAAUCAAUUUGGUUUGCAUUAUUGAAAAGAGCCCAACACCACCGCAGUACGUGUACUGGCAGAAGAACGAUCGGCUCAUCAACUACUACGAUGCCAGGCGAGACAUCUCCAUAGAGACCACACCGGGGCCGAGGACCCAGAGCCGCCUGAUCAUUCGUGAGCCGCAAAUCACCGACUCGGGCAACUACACCUGCUCUGCCAGCAACACGGAGCCGGCGAGCAUAUACGUCUUUGUCUCAAAAGGCGACAAUAUGGCGGCCAUCUCCAGGCGGAAGACUUCCUCGGCCGAUCGCCUGGCGCACAUAUUUAGGUCGAUGCUGGCGCCCUGUCUUCUGCUGAACACUGUAGUUGUGAGACGCAUCUUCCUGACCUAAGCACAUGGCUGGGAAAGCUGGCCAGCUUUCCACGUGGAAACGUGCGAAGUGCUCGCACGAUUACAAACAAAAAUCCUAUUUAAGCUAUUUCAGUGUUAGACUUAAACUAAACGGCCACAGCGGGCGGUGCAAGAUAAAUAACUAAACGAAGAAACGAAAAACAAAACCAAAAGAAGUAAAAAGAAACCAAAGGUAGAAUAAUUGCUAAGCUAAGCUCGGUGCAAGCUUCAAAAUCAAGUGUAAAAAUCAUGCAAACCCAAUCACAGUCAAAGUACGUUACGUUUUUAUGGGUAUCGGUUCUCCUCUUACGGUACCGAUACUCGUAUGCGAGUAUGCAUUUACUCGUAUGUAUGCAUGUGUGUAUGUAUGAGCAUCCCGGAACGUUGAGAUAAGCCUUAGUUUACAUAGUUGGGAACACACUUCCCCCACCCCCGCCCCAAUGAUUGUGUACUGACCAGUAUGUUGACGAAUUUUGAUAUGUAUUUGUAUGUGAACAACAGUUAUGAAUAGGUUUUUGUUAACUUGUUCACCAUUAUACUCCCCUCCGUACUCCCUAUUUACCAUUGAAUGAAUCCGGAUGCUGCGUUGUUUUUACUGGCACUCGUAUGAAAUAGUUGAACCGAAAAUGGAUACGAGUAUUUUGCUAUAAAAUGUCUCAGUCGGAGUCAGUAGAAUGCCUCAUUCCGCAUCACAUCACAUUACUCUCGUACGGAAACGAAAUUUGCAUAAGUAGCCAAUUUCAGUCCAUUAAAUCAAGGUAUACAUACAGACAGGCAUACAAACAUGUAUGGAGACAUAAAACACAGACAUUAAAACACUAUUACAACUGUUACUAAUUGCAAAUUGAAAACUAAAAGUAUAAAAGAUGGCAAAGGGCACGUCCAGCCCAUAGAAAAGGCCACAACAAAAAUAAAAAAUCGGAACGAUUUCAGAGCCGAGAACAACAACAUCAACCUAUGAUAAUUAAUUUUGUUAUUAAGUUUGUAAAUAAAUUUCAUUGCAAAUGGCAUGGCACCCACACAUACGCACACACAAGGACACCCGAACAGAACAAUUCAGAGGCAGAAAAAAGCGUAAUUUAAAUUGUGUACAUAAUCAUUGAAACCGUACUCAAAAAAAUGCAGGCUGCAACUGACUGAAAGUGGGAAAAAUUUGAGUUUAGUCAGGCCCAAGGUAUGCAUUAUGGGGGUUUAAGCUGUCAGAAUAAAGCUGUAAUUAAUUGCAAGCACUCAUUAAGGGUAGAGCGGAGGAGGGAGACACCUAGCUACAUAUAGAUUAAAAAGCGUAGGAUAAUAAAACUUCAUCAGUCAGCCAAAUCCGGGAAUUCCUUCAAUUCAUCUCGUUCGUAUCUUCAAAAAGUGUCCAUUUAAUUUCCCACAUUCUCCGGACACCCAUCUUCACUCCUAACAUCACCUAAACACCUCAAUCGAUCAAGCCAGGAAAGCAACAAACAUCUACGUAAUAUAUAAAGUAUGUACAACCUCCCGACUGUUUCUUACACUCUGCCCUCUGUCGCAAGGGGCAGCAGUCUACAAACAUAUACGAUAUAUCACAAUGCGGCAGUUUCCCCGAAAUGCAAUCGGUGUGUUGUCAGAUUUAACCAACCAACAAAGAAACAAACAAGAAAAAAUAACUAACAUUCGUUCAGUGUCAGUACGUAAUUUACAACAUAAAGCUGUUGAGAGAUACUAAUUGAAGUUUGAAUAGAUUCCUUAGUGUAAACCGAAACCAAAAUCUUAGCGUAAUCAUUGAACCAUAGUAAAAAUAUUGAAGAUAUUGA